AAGAAAAGAAGCAAGGACCGCCUGUUACAGGAGAACGAAACGCCCAGCUAUCCCUUCUUCCUGUUCUGUGUUGUCUUCUGUUCUCUGUCGUCCUGUGUGUGGUUACUAAUUGUCUCCCCAGAAACGCCAGUUAGAAGCACACCCACCAGAGGAUUACAGUCACAGAGAACCACACCCACCUGACACCUCACAUUUAGCAUCAACUGACACCAAACAUCUACACCUCUGUCUUUCCUUGCUGUUGUCUGUUCUGCCUUGUUUGGUUGUUAUUUUCUUCCAGGUCUGUGUCAGUCACGUUUCCAAAUCCCCCUCGCCGCACCAAAACAUGUCUCACACAGCAGACAACGUUGGUCACUGGGAAGACCUGGAAACAUGGCUAAGUGUUGCAACCAGCAGCCUCCUACCCAAGGCCGCGGAAACACUAAAGCAUCAGACCCAGGAACAGCUGGAUAACAACCUAACGAGCCUAAUGAAACAGGACCCAAGCCAAGGCUACAACAACAAAGAGCUAGCAAAGAUCACCUGCUCCCUAAGUCAGACCCUCAUCGCUACCCUCAAACUGAGUGACAGGCACGCCGCCGAUCUCCAACAGGAGCUGACAUGCGCACAGCGACGCAUCAAACAGCUGGAACUGGAGGCUCAGGAACGACAGGAAAGGCUGGAUGAGAAGAGAAAGGACCCAGAGGAGAUCACCACGCUCAAAGCCUUGCUAGCAGCUUCCACACAAGAGGUGAAACAAACCAAAAGAGACUUUGACAAUGCUGCCAACAACCUCCAGUACGCAGAACAGCUACUGGAGAAGGCAAAGACUGACCUUAGAGACAAGGCCGGCAGAAUCAAAGCCCUCGAAACUCACUUGAACGAGUCAAGGAAUGAGGUCAGCCGCCUAGAACAACAGCUGGACUACGUCAAAGAGGAAUCUGACUGUGUCAAGGAGGAACUCAGACACGCCUACGACCUGCGCGCUAAGCCACCGAGGACACGAGAGGCACCAACGUCACCCCUGCCAAGUAGGACCGGGUCUCCCGUGCUUGUACAGGCAAGUGAACAAAGGGGGAAAGAGGCGAUGCUGAAACACUCACCAGCUCCCUCUGAAGAGACAUACCUCGCGAGAAGGCCAAGAGAAACGGACCCAGCCAGCCAAAGAGCAUCACACGGCCUGGACCUAAAAGAUCUCGACAAGAUCGCCAGGAACAUCGUCAAGUUCACCCCAGGUGUGCCAAGUAGUCCAGACGUUCAAACCUAUCUACAGGACGUCGAAUUCCAUCUGGAAGUAAGACCUCACGUCACUGAUAAAGAUAGACUCUAUUUACUGCGAGCAACAUCCAGCCCUGAUGUACGCAGCUUCCUGGACCGGCAACCAGCCCAGACAAAGGCUGAUUACCACCUGCUCCGAGAGGCUCUCAUCAAUGAAUUUGAUGACCCAGAGUCAGAACAAGGACUAGUAGCCGCCCUGGAGAUCAGACAAGGCCGUCAUAAGUCUCCGCAAGCCUACUACAGCCAACUCAGGAGAGCAUACUUCGGAACUCGCAACGAGCCCGAAAUGGAACAGGACAUGAACUUUAAGACUCUCUUCCUCAGGAACCUACAUCCUGGGGUAAGCCACCAUUUAGGCGUGCUUGCAUGUUCGCGCACAAUGACCAUUCAGCAGCUGCGCGACUUGGCACACAAAGCCUACAGCAAACAAAAGAUGGCUGCAGAGAAAGGCACUAAAGCUCCGACAGUCCUCGACUUCAACACACAAAGUCACGGACUGCCUCUAGAGGGUGCCCAACAUCAAGACAGCUUCAAGCCGUCAAGAAAAGAGUGGAACGUGUCCAACCGAGAGCAAGACUUCCACGCAGGUACCAGACCCAAUCAGAGAAACGGCCGCUGGGAUGGACCACGUGAACGACAUUCAAGACCGCAGGAAGGUCAGUGGGAGAGAUCGUGGAAUCAGUCAACCUCCUUUAGAAACCAAAGGGAGAGCUCCUGGGAUGGCAACGGAACCUCCAUGGGUAGAGCACAAACACACCCUGGAGCAACCAGCCCAAGGACUCGACGAAAGAACUUUCAAACUGAAUCCACACAAGAGCAAAAGACAUCACCGUUUUUUUACUCACAAGAACUGAUGAAGAGCAUGAUGAGAGAGUUUUUCCAGCAAAUGAAGGAAGAUUGGAAGUGGGAAAAGAAAGAGAAGCCGGAUUCAGCCUGACUGGCAGCCGGACGAGACAGCAGCGACCACCCGACCCAACCAGACACAGAGAAUAGCACUU